GCAGGUUUCCCGCUACGUUUGGAGUUGUAACUUUGCAUCACCACGGCUGUAUGCCUGCUUGAGAAAGAGUGGUGAGAUACCCAGGCACCGCGGCACAAGGAGUCUGCAUGUCGGACUAAACAUGCUCAGCUUUGUGGAUACCCGGAUUCUGUUGCUGCUUGCAGUGACUUCGUACCUAGCAUCAUGCCAACAGGGCCCAAGAGGAGAUAAGGGACCAAGAGGCGACAGAGGUCCAAAAGGACCAGAUGGCAAACCCGGCAAACAUGGACUUCCUGGGCCUCCCGGCCCUCCUGGCCCCCCUGGUCUUAGUGGAAACUUUGCUGCUCAGUAUGAUGGCUCUAAAGGACCUGAUCCCGGCCCUGGACCUAUGGGCAUGAUGGGAGCCCGAGGACCUUCUGGACCACCUGGUCCACCUGGACCCCAAGGUCUCCAAGGACAUGCUGGUGAGCCUGGCGAGCCUGGACAGUCUGGCGGAGUUGGAUCCCGUGGACCCCCUGGGCCUUCUGGCAAGAAUGGUGAAGAUGGUAACAAUGGCAGACCUGGAAAGCCUGGAGACAGAGGAACUGUUGGACCCCAGGGUGCUCGUGGUUUCCCAGGAACUCCUGGACUUCCAGGCAUGAAGGGACACAGAGGCUACAAUGGUCUUGAUGGACGCAAAGGAGAGCCUGGUGGUAUGGGCACUAAGGGUGAGAAUGGAGCUCCUGGAGCUAAUGGAACCCCUGGACAGAGAGGUGGUCGUGGUCUUCCUGGUGAGAGAGGCCGAGCUGGUCCUGGUGGUCCGGCUGGUGCCCGUGGUUCUGAUGGUAACACUGGUCCUGCUGGCUCUGCUGGUCCUCUGGGCUCUGCUGGCCCUCCAGGUUUCCCAGGCGCACCUGGUCCUAAAGGAGAGAUUGGACCUGCUGGUUCCACUGGACCAUCUGGACCUCAGGGACAAAGAGGAGAGCCUGGUUCAAAUGGUGUUGCUGGCCCAGUUGGUCCAACUGGUAACCCUGGUGCCAAUGGUAUUAACGGUGCUAAAGGAGCUACUGGUGCUGCUGGAGCUGCUGGUGCUCCUGGAUUCCCUGGCCCAAGAGGAGGCCCUGGCCCACAAGGAUCUUCUGGACCUGCCGGUCCAAGAGGCCUUUCUGGUGACCCUGGACCCGUUGGAGUGAAGGGUGAUGCUGGUCCCAAGGGUGAGCCUGGUAGCUCUGGUCCACAGGGACCUACUGGUGCUUCUGGUGAUGAGGGCAAGAGAGGACCUAAUGGUGAGCAGGGACCAUCUGGCCCUGCUGGCAUGCGUGGACCCAGAGGAGCUGCUGGAAGCCGUGGUCUUCCCGGUGCAGCUGGUAGAGGUGGCCCAAUGGGUAUGCCUGGAACAAGAGGUGCUUCUGGCCCUGCUGGCGCACGUGGAGGCCCUGGUGAUCCUGGCCGUGCUGGUGAGCCUGGCCUGGUUGGAGCCAGAGGUCUUCCUGGCAGCCCUGGCAAUGCUGGACCCCAAGGAAAGGAGGGACCUGCUGGUCCUCCUGGUCAAGAUGGUCGUUCUGGCCCACCUGGCCCCACUGGACCUAGAGGCCAGCCCGGUAAUAUUGGAUUCCCUGGCCCUAAAGGACCCUCUGGUGAGUCUGGCAAACCUGGAGACAGAGGACCUGCCGGACCUAAUGGUCUAAGAGGUCCUCCUGGUCCUGAUGGCAACAAUGGCCCUGCUGGUCCCCCUGGAGUUACUGGUGGAUUUGGUGAGAAAGGAGAGCAAGGACCUGCUGGUUCUCCAGGUUUCCAGGGUAUUCCUGGACCUCCUGGCUCAGCUGGUGAGGUUGGCAAACCUGGAGACAGAGGUAUUCCUGGAGAUCAAGGUGUAUCUGGGCCUGCUGGUGCUAAGGGAGAGCGUGGUACCUCUGGUCCUGCUGGUGCUGUGGGUGCCCAGGGACCAAUUGGUUCUCGUGGUCCUUCUGGUCCUCCUGGCCCUGAUGGAAACAAGGGUGAGCCUGGUGCUGCUGGCCUUUCUGGUGCCCCAGGACACCAGGGACCUGCUGGUAUGCCUGGUGAGCGUGGUGCAGCUGGUACUCCUGGACCUAAGGGUGAGAAGGGUGAGUCUGGUUACAGAGGCCUAGAGGGCAAUGCUGGAAGAGAUGGUGCUCGUGGUGCUCCUGGACCCAGUGGACCUCCUGGACCUGCUGGUGCUAAUGGAGAUAAGGGUGAGGGUGGCCCUGCUGGUCCUUCUGGCCCUUCUGGUGCUCGUGGUGUUCCUGGAGAGCGUGGUGAAGCUGGCCCUGCUGGACCUUCUGGAUUUGCUGGCCCCCCUGGUGCUGAUGGCCAGACUGGUGCUAGAGGCGAAAGAGGCCCUGCUGGUGGAAAGGGUGAUGGUGGUCCUCCUGGCCCCGCUGGUCCCGCUGGAAACUCUGGACCUCUUGGUCCUGCUGGUCCUGCUGGCCCCCCUGGUGCUCGUGGUGACAGCGGACCUUCUGGUUUGACUGGUUUCCCUGGUGCUGCUGGCAGGGUUGGUGCACCUGGUCCUGCUGGAAUUACUGGUCCUCCUGGUGCCAGUGGAGCUGCUGGAAAGGAUGGUCCUCGUGGUACUCGUGGUGAGUCUGGACCCGCUGGUCCUCCAGGAGAGAACGGCAUGGUUGGACCUCAUGGUCUGGCUGGUGAUAAGGGAACCCCUGGAGAGACUGGUGGCCCGGGACCACAAGGUAUUUCUGGACCAAGUGGUCUGAGUGGACCUCAGGGUAUCACUGGUCUUCCUGGUUCCAGAGGUGAACGUGGUACUCCUGGUAGUGUUGGUGGUGUUGGUGAGCCUGGUAGAGUUGGCCCUGCUGGUUCCCCUGGUCCUCGUGGUUCCGCUGGAAACAUUGGAUUGCCUGGUAUGACUGGUCCUCAGGGAGAAGCUGGACGUGAGGGUAGCCCUGGUAAUGAUGGUGCUCCUGGACGCCCUGGAUCUCCAGGUGUUAAGGGUGACCGUGGAGAGCCUGGAUCUCCUGGUCCCUCUGGAAUGUCUGGUGCCCCUGGACCUAUGGGACCUGCUGGAUCUGCUGGCAGACAUGGAAACCGUGGUGAAUCUGGACCUUCUGGAUCCGUUGGACCAGCUGGCCCUGCCGGUGCAAGAGGUGCCCCUGGCCCUGCUGGACCCAGAGGUGAGAAGGGUGUGGCUGGAGAAAAGGGAGAAAGAGGCAUGAAGGGACUGCGUGGACAUCCUGGUCUUCAGGGAAUGCCUGGACCCAAUGGUCCUUCUGGUGACAGUGGUCCAGCUGGUCCCGCCGGUUCUUUUGGUUCAAGAGGUCCAUCUGGUCCCAAUGGCCCAUCUGGCAAGGAUGGUAGACCUGGCACUAAUGGUCCUAUUGGACCUGCUGGACACAGAGGUGCACCUGGAUCAGUUGGACCAUCUGGACCUCCCGGAAUUCCUGGACCUGCCGGACCCCCUGGUGCUGCCGGCGGUGGAUAUGAUGUGUCUGGUGGUUAUGAUGAAUACAGAGCUGACCAAGCUGCUCUCAGGGCUAAGGACUAUGAGGUGGAUGCCACCAUCAAGUCCCUGAACACUCAGAUCGAGAACCUGCUCUCACCUGAGGGCUCCAAGAAGAACCCUGCCCGCACCUGCCGUGACAUCAGACUCAGCCACCCAGACUGGAGCAGUGGUUUCUACUGGAUCGAUCCAAACCAGGGCUGCACCAUGGAUGCCAUUAAGGUCUUCUGUGACUUUACCACUGGUCACACCUGCAUCCACGCUCAUCCAGAAAGCAUUGCACGCAAGAACUGGCACAGAAGCACCCAGGAGAAGAAGCAUGUCUGGUUCGGUGAGACCAUCAACGGUGGCACUGAGUUUGGCUACAAUGAUGAGACACUGAGCACACAGUCCAUGGCUACACAGCUUGCCUUCAUGCGUCUGCUGGCCAACAAGGCUGUCCAGAACAUCACUUACCACUGCAAGAACAGCAUUGCCUACAUGGAUGGUGAGAACCGCAACCUGAAGAAGGCUGUCCUGCUCCAGGGCUCCAACGAUGUUGAGCUCAGGGCAGAGGGCAACAGUCGCUUCACCUACAGCGUCCUGGAGGAUGGCUGCACUAAACACACCGGUCAAUGGAGCAAGACAGUCAUCGAAUACAGAACAAAUAAACCAUCUCGUCUGCCCAUCCUUGACAUUGCACCUUUGGACAUUGGUGGCGCUGACCAGGAGUUUGGUUUGGACAUUGGCCCAGUCUGUUUCAAAUAAAUAGACUCAUGAUAAAUUAAAACGAGAGAAAGAAAAAUGAAAAAAAUCUCUGCCCUACUUCUCUGUGUUGUUUUUUAUACUGAAUGCUGAUUUCCUCUGCACAUCCACUUGCUUAAGCUGGGCUCUAUCGGAGAGGACCAUUGGACUGUAUGGAGCGUUGCACAAUACAAAUUAAUACAGAAGCCCAAAAAGAGAUGCUGGGAAACACCAUGGUUUGGGACAUGGCAUCAUUUUGUAAAAAAUGAAAGUGUAAUAAAAACAAUGAAAGUAUG